CGUCGCCGCAGUGCGCCUGCGCGUCGGUCGCCUCAGGAGGUCGAGGAGCCGCCGCCGCCAUCGCCAUCAUGUCGGGCCGCGGGAAGACGGGCGGCAAGGCCCGCGCCAAGGCCAAGUCCCGCUCGUCCCGGGCCGGGCUGCAGUUCCCGGUGGGCCGCGUGCACCGGCUGCUGCGCAAGGGCCACUACGCGGAGCGCGUGGGGGCGGGCGCGCCCGUCUACCUGGCCGCCGUGCUGGAGUACCUGACGGCCGAGAUCCUGGAGCUGGCGGGCAACGCGGCCCGCGACAACAAGAAGACGCGCAUCAUCCCGCGGCACCUGCAGCUGGCCAUCCGCAACGACGAGGAGCUCAACAAGCUGCUGGGCGGCGUCACCAUCGCGCAGGGCGGCGUCCUGCCCAACAUCCAGGCCGUGCUGCUGCCCAAGAAGAGCGGCGCCGCCUCCAGCCCCAAGGCCCCCAACGCCAAGAAGGGCGCCCAGGCCUCGCAGGAGUACUGACCCCCGACCCCUGACCUCCGACCUCUCUCGACCCCAGACCCCCGACCCGCGGGGACCCUAUGCUCGCGGCAGCCUCCCCCCGCCCCGGCUCCCCCUCCCCUCGCCUCCGUAGCUAAAGAGAUCGGGGAGGGGAGGGGAGGGAGGGGACGGACGGACGGACGACGAGGCGUGCGUGCAAGGGACUUUUGUUUAUUAAAUAUUUCUCUUUUUUGCAA